CCCAGCAUCCAACCCCAAUAUGGCAUUCGCAACCCUUUCUAAUGUCCUCUUCCUCUUUUCCUUCCUAUUUGUUCCUCUCAUCAUUUCCUCUUCCCCAGUCCCCGAUCCAGAACUAGUUGUACAAGAAGUGCACAGGGCCGUUAAUGCGUCGAGAAGGAACUUGGCUUAUCUCUCCUGCGGCGCUGGCAAUCCCAUCGACGACUGCUGGCGCUGUGACCCCAACUGGGAGAAGAACCGCCAGAGGUUGGCUGACUGCGCCAUUGGCUUCGGCAAGAAUGCAAUUGGCGGAAGAGAUGGGAAAAUUUACGUGGUCACCGACUCUGGCGACGAUGACCCUGUCAAUCCUAAGCCAGGGACUCUGAGGCACGCCGUCAUUCAGGACGAACCGCUGUGGAUCAUCUUCGCUCGUGACAUGACCAUCCAAUUGAAGGAAGAACUCAUCAUGAACUCCUUCAAGACAAUAGAUGGUAGGGGUGCGAGCGUCCACAUUGCCGGCGGUCCAUGCAUCACCAUACAGUUCGUGACCAACAUUAUUAUCCACGGGCUCAACAUUCACGACUGCAAGCAAGGGGGAAAUGCUAUGGUGAGGGAUACCCCACGGCAUUACGGAUGGAGGACCAUAUCGGAUGGUGACGGUGUGUCCAUCUUCGGCAGUAGCCACAUAUGGGUGGACCAUUGCUCCUUGUCAAACUGUAAGGACGGUCUGAUCGAUGCCAUCUACGGGUCCACGGCCAUCACGAUUUCGAACAAUUACAUGACCCACCAUGAUAAAGUGAUGCUUUUAGGGCAUAGUGAUUCCUAUACUAAAGACAAGAACAUGCAAGUCACUAUAGCUUUCAAUCACUUUGGGGAAGGCCUUGUCCAGAGAAUGCCGAGAUGCAGAUAUGGAUACUUCCAUGUGGUGAACAAUGACUACACCCAUUGGGAGAUGUAUGCGAUUGGAGGGAGUGCUAACCCUACCAUCAACAGUCAAGGGAACAGAUUUUUAGCACCAGAUGAUAGGUCCAGCAAGGAGGUGACAAAGCACGAAGAUGCGCCACAGAGUGAGUGGAAGAACUGGAAUUGGAGAUCAGAAGGGGAUUUAAUGAUGAACGGUGCAUUUUUUACUCCGUCAGGAGCAGGAGCAUCGUCCAGCUACGCCAAGGCAUCAAGUUUGGGAGCGAGGCCGUCUUCGCUUGUGGGUGCCAUAACGAUGGGCGCAGGAACACUUAAUUGCAGGAAAGGAAGUCGAUGCUAGCCAGUUAGAAGAAUUGUAACCUUACGGAGGAGAAGAAAUGUCUAAAUUUUCUUCUUUUACCCAAUUUUUUUUUUAAGAAAAAAAUUAAUCAUUGUAAACGACUCUGAUGAAAUGAUUACAACCUCGGCAUGUUACUCUUGGAACCAUUUGGGAAUUCUUUGAGGAAUCUUGAUGGGCUCAGAGAAUGCAAGUGCAGAUGUGUUGAUAUAUAUCUGGAUGUUUUUCAGAAAAUUAUAUAAAAAGAAAUUAUUUCG